AUGGAGACCAGCUCUUUUGAGGAUUCACCUCCCGCAAUAAUCCGCAAUGCUCAAGACAACAACAUAAAUACGGAGGUCAAUGAACAGGAAACAAAUAUGCCAGCUUUCGAAGCUAGAGAUAGAAUUGAGAGAGAAGAUGAUGAUGUACAAGGAGAAUUUGGUGAAAAUGCAGCCAAGAAAACUGAAAAUGGCAAUUCUGCUGCGAAUUUGGGCAAUUCUUCUUCUAAUGCUGCUUUAGACGAUGAUGUCAUUCCGAACGCGAUUGUUAUCAAGAACAUUCCGUUUGCCAUUAAAAAAGAGCAAUUGUUAGACAUUAUCGAAGAUAUGGAUCUUCCUUUACCAUACGCCUUUAAUUACCAUUUUGACAACGGCAUUUUCAGAGGGUUGGCUUUUGCGAAUUUUACCACUCCUGAAGAGACUACUCAAGUGAUAACCUCUUUGAAUGGUAAGGAAAUCAGUGGGAGGAAAUUGAAAGUGGAAUAUAAAAAAAUGCUUCCUCAAGCUGAAAGAGAAAGAAUUGAAAGAGAAAAAAGAGAAAAAAGAGGUCAGUUGGAAGAACAACAUAGGUCAUCAUCAAACCUUUCACUACAUUCAUUAUCGAAGAUGGGCGCAAAUGGAAACAAUACUGCCUCCAACAAUCAACUAUUUUCAACCUUAAUGAAUGGUAUUAACAGCAACACCAUGAUUAAUAGUCCAAUCAACAACAUUAACAACAAUAACAACAAUAGUACUUCGAAUAAUAAUGGCAAUAGUAGUAAUGUCAACAUGAACCAGCCUUCACUUUCUGUCCAGCAUACUUCACCAUCCUUGUAUCAAGCAAUGAAUGCUAACAAUCAAAGCCAGAUGUCCACUGAGAGAUUUUAUGCUCCUUUACCGUCCACUUCAACUUUACCACUACCACCUCAGCAAUUGGACUUCAAUGACCCUGACACUCUGGAAAUCUAUUCUCAAUUAUUAUUGUUUAAGGAUAGAGAAAAGUACUAUUACGAAUUGGCUUACCCCAUGGGUAUAUCUGCUUCCCAUAAGAGAAUUAUCAAUGUCUUGUGCUCGUACUUAGGUCUAGUGGAAGUGUAUGACCCAAGAUUCAUUAUAAUCAGAAGAAAAAUUCUGGAUCAUGCCAAUCUGCAAUCUCAUUUGCAACAACAAGGUCAAAUGACAUCUGCUCAUCCUUUGCAGCCAAACUCUACUGGUGGUUCUAUGAACAGAUCCCAGUCUUACACAAGUCUACUGCAAGCCCAUGCUGCUGCUGCUGCCAAUAGUAUUAGCAACCAGGCUGUUAAUAAUUCCUCCAAUAGCAACAGCAUUGGCAAUAGCAAUGGUAACGGCAACAACUCUAUCAACAACAAUAACAGCACGAAGUCAACGCCAAAAAUUUCUCCACAGGGACAAUUUACCAUGCAACCAACAUUAAACUCACCCAAGCUGAAUAUACACCAUAAUUCCCUAUACAAUCCUGCAGAUCAACCUCAGCAACCUCAACCGCAAACCCAACAAAAUGGUCAAUCUGCCGCACAACAACAACAAUCCUUUUUGAGACAACAAGCUACCUUAACACCAUCAUCGAGAAUUCCAUCCGGCUAUUCAGCUAACCAUUAUCAAAUCAAUUCUGUUAAUCCAUUACUAAGAAAUUCACAAAUUUCUCCCCCGAAUUCGCAGAUUCCGAUAAAUAAUCAAUCCCUAUCUCAAACACAGCCAUCAUCACAAUCUCAGACCCAGCAACGCGUGCCGGUGGCAUACCAAAACGGUUCAUUGUCUUCACAGCAAUUAUACAACCUCAACGGCCCAUCCUCUACAGCAAACUCACAAGCUCAACUACUUCCACAGCACACAAACGGUUCAGUUCAUUCUAACUUCUCGUAUCAGUCCUAUCACGACGAAUCGAUGUUGUCUGUACAUAAUUUGAAUAGUGCGGACCUAAUUUAUAAAUCGCUGAGUCACUCCGGAUUAGAUGACGGCCUAGAGCAAGGUUUGAACCGCUCUUUAAGUGGCUUAGAUCUACAAAAUCAGAACAAGAAGAAUUUAUGGUAA